UCACACACAUGUUGCCUAUUCAAUGAAAACUCCUCCAUUUCUAUAAGAAGCUGAAAAUCUUGAGUCAGGUAAAGAAAUCAAGGGGCUAAAGCAAGUUAGCAAUGGCAUCCAUGUUGUCUAGAUUAAUUAUCUUUCCUACACCACCUUCUAUGAUCGUUCCAGUCAUGUCUGUGGUUAGUCUGGUAGCAAUAGCAGGUCUUGGUGUUUCUGAAAUCUUAGGAAAGCAUUUACAGUACUCAAAAUUCUGGAACUUGAAUUCUGCAAAAUCUUCAAGAAAGCAGAUACAACUCUCCAGCAGAACUGGCAUGCUUGUACUUUAUGUGCCAGCUUUCCUUUCUGGUGUUGCUUCUUUUGUGCUCUAUCCAAAUCAUGAUCUCAGGUUGUUCCUGGUUAAAGCAACCCUUACCAUACAUUUCUUCAAGAGGGUCAUUGAGGUGCUGUGUGUUCACAAAUAUAGUACUAGUGGGGUGGUUCUUGAUUCUGCAAUUCUUAUAAGUUCAAGUUAUUUCUCAGCUACUUCAACCAUGAUAUAUGGUCAGUAUCUAACACAAGGGUUUCCUGAGCCACAGCUGGACUUGAAGUAUCCAGGGAUUUUGCUGUUCAUGUUGGGAACCUUCGGCAACUUCUACCACCACCAAGUUCUUGCCUCUUUGAGAACAAAUGAUGACAAAGAAUACAAGAUUCCAAAGGGUGGUUUAUUUGACCUGGUGAUCUGCCCUCACUAUCUCUUUGAGGUGUUGGGGUUUAUAGGGAUAUUUUUCAUUUCUCAAACACUGUAUUCCUUUUGCUUCACUUUAGGCACUAUUGUUUACUUGAUUGGAAGGAGUUACGCUACUAGGAGAUGGUACCUUUCCAAGUUCGAAGAUUUUCCCAAGGAUGUCAAGGCUCUUAUUCCUUUUGUAUUUUGAACGUUAACUUCCUGUUUUUCAUAAGGAAAUGAUUCAUAUCCUUUUUACUCUUAA